AUGGCAGAUAUUGUUGGUCCACUGCGUCCAUCAGAUAGCUGGUCAACGACGGAAGUACGUUCAUUACAGCAUUCUCAUGUUUGGACCAUUCGCGGUUUUUCACAAUGCGAAUGUCGAUAUCUGGAAACGUCAGUUAAAAUUAAAGAAACGCCAGUUCCUACAAAUACACUUGAUGGAAACCACUUAACGUUUCGGAUAAGACUGCAUCCCCAAGGCAACAAAGAAUCUAAUAAAGAUUUCAGCUUUUUCCAGGUUUUCUGCAACACGAAUUCAGCCAAAUAUCGCGCAAAAUUUUCAGUAUACAAUGCAAAAAAUGAAGAAGCUCCCACUACUGUUUACACUGGUACACAACAGCUACAUGGAUAUUUCGAGUACAUACGUCGCGAUGUUUUAGUUAGCCACAUACAGCCACAGGAUGAAUUGCAGCUUGUUUUAAGUCUUACCAUCACUUUCGAUACUGUCACUAAAAGUAGCCAGAAUCCACGACAGUGCAGCAUUCCAGAUGCUCGUCCAGCAGAGAUAGCACGCGACUUGGAAGCAAUUUAUAAGGAAGGACGUCUUGCCGAUUUUACAAUAGUUGCCAGUGGACGUGAAUUGCCAGCUCAUCAGAUAAUACUCUCAGCCCGUUCUCCAGUCUUUGCAGCGAUGUUAGAGCCGCACACAGAGGAAGCUAAAAAUAGUCGCGUUGUCUUUCCAGACAUAGAUUUUGAGGUAAUGCAAGAGUUGCUGCUUUACAUGUACACUGGUCGAUCUCCAAAUUUAUCUAAUAUGGCCUUAGAUCUUUUAGCAGCAGCGGAUCGCUUCCAGCUUCCAGGUCUCAAAGAGAUGGCUGAUCAGGUACUUCGUACUGGACUGAUAGUGGAAUCUGCUUGUCGUUAUUUGGUUUUCGCUGAUAUGCACAAUGCACGGGAGUUGAAAUCGGAUGCCAUCAAAUUCAUUGCACAGAACUCAUCUUCCAUUAUCACUACGGAUGGUUGGACAGAGCUAGUAAAGGAGCAUCCGACUCUAGUUACUGAAGUUGUUGCCGCAAUAUCUAGCAAUGAUCCUCGCUCACUGAGUGCCAGCAGCAGUCCAAGCUCAUCAUCGGAACCGGUGACGAAGCGAGCUCGCUUAAGUGGCGGCGUGUAG